GAGAAAGAGCGGCGAAGCCGAGAACUGCACCAUCAGCCGACACAAGCAGAGAAACUUUUCCUUUGUCGGAGGAGUCCACACAGCUGCAGACCAACUUUCAUUCCAAGACAUCGAAUAAGAAGCUUGAAACUCUCCAGAAUAUGCAAUCCUGCUGCAAGCUGAACUCUUUUAAGAGGCACCUUUCAGAGUGGCUCGCCUGCUGCAUCCUGCUUGUGAGUUUUGCCAGUUCCCUCGCCGAUCCCACCUACCCGUGGAAAGAUCGCCAGACCAAUGAGAGGCUAGUGUGUAGCCAGUGCCCGCCAGGAACGUGCGUGGCUCAGCACUGCACCAAAACCACGCCGACGGUGUGCAAGGCGUGCCCCAGUCUCCAUUACACGCAGUACUGGAACUACCUCGACCGAUGUCUGUACUGCAACGUCUUCUGUAACAGUAUGGAAGAGGAGGCGCAGCCCUGCAACAGCACACACAACCGGGUCUGCCAGUGCAAGCCCGGCUACCACGCGGAGUCGGAUUUCUGCAUCAAGCACUCAGAGUGUCCCCCGGGAAGUGGAUUGGCUCAGCCUGGCAACCCACACGAAGACACCAAGUGUAUGCUGUGUCCUCAGGGGACCUUUUCCUCCUCCAGUUCCAGGACGGAUCUGUGCAAGCCCCACCAGAACUGCUCUGAGCAAGGCUCGGAAGUCAACGUUCCCGGCAACCAGCUCCAUGACACCAUCUGCACCACUUGCAAGUUGGACGAGGCUGGGUCAGAGGAGGGGUCAUCAGGAACUGAGCAUUGCCAGGAGGCUGUGAUUGACUUUGUGCCUUACCAAAUCAAGUCACUGAGAAGGCUGCAACGUUUGAAGCGAAUCCUGAGUAAUAGCUCUCUCCAUCAAGGGGGUGGUAAGAAGAACCUUGAAGAGCUCCAGGUAGAACUCCACACAUACCUCCUCCAGCUCCAGGACACUGAAGGCAAAGACAGUGUGUUGCAGAAGCUCCAUAAAGCUCACUUGCGUAUGAACCUGCAACAUCUAGCAGAAAAGAUUAAGAAGCGUUUCGCUGUAGUUUUAUGAGGUUAAUAGGACAAUCCACUCAGAAGUACAGUA